AUGAGAGGAGUUACAGAACUCGAAAAGAGAAGAACGGCUGAGACAAUUGUUAAUCUGCUAAAAUCACAGCUGUUUUACAUCGCUUUCUAUCGAUUAGUAGGAGAAACUGGCCGACCUCAGCAUGUUAUCUUCAAUGAGAAACCAGCAAUUGAUCUUUAUGAAAUUGCAGAAGAUCACUUAAAAAGCUGUUUGAGAUCAGAGCCGGUGAAUAUCGAGGGAUGCAACAAAGGACCCGUCAAAUAUUUUGACAGCAUUGGGGCUUCGGGCGAUUUCAUCGGCUCAGCUUUGGAUCUGUCCAUGGACUCUUCGCUGAGUUCAAGUGGAAGUCCGGUUUCAAUCAAUGGAUCGAGUUUAGCGAGGAGACGGGCAUUUAGAGAAUAUAAAAUGACUUGUUAUUUGGGACCUUUCUUGGAGGAAGAUGAAUGUCAGAAAUGCUGUCUGGUAAGUAUUAUAAGAAUCUGUUUGAUUUAUUAAACUUUGUAUUUGAAUUUCUGUAGAAAUGGAUAAGGACCAACAAAGACGUGUGCCUUACAAAGCCUUUGAAUGGAUAUGAGAAAGUUGGGAAAGAGUUGGCUGAAGAGUUCAAUGUUGAAUUUGUGGACCUGUCUGCGCAGGAAGAAGAUGAAGAAUUUUUUGAUGCGAUGUCGUAUAAUGACGAUAACAUUAACGCAGAUGUAGAUGAAGACGAGUUCUUUGAUGCUCCACAGGAAUUCACAAAUGAUAUCACUGAAUUGAGCGAUUUGUUCACCCAAAAAUGCUUGGUGAAGAGUCCAUUGAGGACUGGGAGGAGAUGA